UUAGUGGUGGACUGGGACUGAAAGAGACCGGGGUCAGCGGUCUAUACACUUUAGAGGACUGGGGAGAGAUUUCAACAUGGCGGACAAAAUGACCUACUACGAAAUUCUUGGAGUUACUCGGGAUAGCAGCCUUAAAGAGAUUGCAAAAGCUUUCAGGAAAAAGUCCCUGAAAUGUCAUCCUGAUAAAAACCCAGAUAACCCGGAAGCAGUGGCACUAUUUCAUGAACUGUGUAAGGCUUUAGAGGUACUGACUGAUCCAAAAGCAAAAGCGGCUUAUGAUGCUGUACUCAAGGCUAAAGAACAAGCAAGACUACGCACACAGGCCUUGGAUGCCAAAAGGAAGAAGUUCAAACAAGACCUUGAACAAAGAGAGGAUGCAGCAAAAAAUGAAAAGGAAAGUGAAGAAAUGGCAGCAAAGAAUUUACAAGCUGAGAUAAAAAGGCUAAGAGAGGAAGGAUCAAAGCUUCUAAAGGAACAGCAAGAAAUUCUCAAGGCUCAGUUAAGAAAAGAAAUGGAGUCAGGCCAGGAUGAGACAAAGUCUGAAGAAGCUACUCCAAAAUUAAAGGUGAGAUGGAAGAGUAAGAAAUCUGAUGUUACAAAUGGGGGAUACACACAGGAAAUGCUUCAAUCAUUAUUUGAAAAGUAUGGUGAAGUGAGCUAUGUGAUUGUCUCAUCCAAGAAGAAAGGAAGUGCCGUGGUUGAACUGAAAUCGGUAGCAAGCGCAAAACUUGCUCUGGAAAAUGAGUGCGGCAUUCCUGGUAACCCUCUCAAAAUAUCUUGGUUGGAUGGCUUCUCAUCUGCAACUGAUGCAAACUCAGAAACAGUUUUAGAGCAUUCAGAUUCAACAAGGAUCACCAGUGGUGGAGCUGCAGUUGAAUCCAAGCUUCCAGAGUCAUCGUUUUCAUCAGACAGUACCAUAUCUGACAAAGAUUACGAAAGUGUUGUGUUGAUGAAACUUCGCCAGUUUGAGGAAAGAAAACGACUGAUUAAAGAGAUGCAAGAAGAAGAUGAGCAGUGAAGUCACCUAGCUGCAUACACUGUAUACAAGACCAUACUUGUUUAAAGAUUUCAUCUCCUUCCCAGAGUGGAGGCAAUAGUCAAGUAACUGGAGUCAGUAUGACAGCUGCAGUUGAAGUCAUCAUUAUCAGUCGUCUUGGGUGGCCCUUGACGAGACCUGCAGCGCAGCUUUUCAAAGAAAAUAGAGGAGCAGAAACCUCCCCCGUCACUUCAGAGUUGGCAAAGUUUCAGAGACAAGCAUCUGUUUUGUCAAGUUGUUUCAUGCAACUGCUCCUUAAGGAAUGAGCAAAUAGACUUCAAAUGUGGACAGGACCACUUAAAAAUUUCAGUAUGCAUCUGACAUUAAAGGUGAUGUUUCAAACAUAAGCCCUUUGUCUGUGCCCUAAUGGGCUAACAAUAGAAACACUGUUUUGCACUACAGUGGUAAAACAACAACAGCAAGAGACUUUUAUUAAGUUCACAAAGUUAAUAAAUACAUGUACAUGUAGUAUGAGUUGGUAAACAACUGAACCAACAUCUAUCAAGUGAAUUGAAAUGAACUUGUGUUCAGACUAACAAAAUGACUUUGGUUACAAAUUAUUGUGCAGUUUUACAUUAUGGCAUAGAAAAUAAGACUGAAUAAAUUCCAAACUUGCCUCUUGUACAGGGAAUACAAAUAGGAUGUCUAGUCUACAGCAUUUUAUUUUUUAAUGACUUAAUUGACAUGCAGACAAUAUAUGUACAUUUGUAUGGUUCAAACUAUAAUAAAACACUCAAUAAUUGUUA